UUCAGUCUCGGGGCUUCUCAAAAAAGAGCCAUACAUCUCAAUGUCCGACGGGCUAUGACAACGUCACUGCUUCUCCGCCCGCGCUGGAUUGACCCGGUCAUGUUUCUCUAUGAUAACGGUGGCGGCUUGGACGACACCGGCAAGAAUAUGGAAGGGUUCACGGGAGGUAACUUCACACCGAGCCCGUGCAGGAAUUUGAUGGCUCACCCUGCCUCUCUUGCUCCCAGCGCUGCUUAUCCGUCAAGCGAAGUGGCUGCCGCUGGAGCGGGUGAGCCUGGGAAGCAAUGCAGCCCCUGCGCAGCCGUCCAGGGUUCAGCCAGCGCUUCAAUUUCCUACGGAUAUUUCGGUGGCGGUGGAUACUAUCCUUGCCGAAUGUCCCACCAUCACGGGGCCGGUGGAGGUGUGAAGACAUGCUCCCAGUCCCCCGCCUCUGCCUCACCUUACGGUGAAAAAUACAUGGACACGUCUGCUUCUACAGGCGAAGAUUACACCACCUCGCGCGCCAAAGAGUUUGCCUUCUACUCGAGCUACGCCUCGAGCCCGUAUCAGCCAGUUCCCAGCUAUCUGGAUGUUCCCGUAGUCCAGGCAAUGAGCGGGCCUGCAGAGACCCGGCAUGAGUCCUUAUUACCAAUGGAGAGUUACCAACCGUGGGCUAUCACAGCUAGUGGCUGGAACGGGCAGGUCUACUGCACUAAAGAGCAGCCACAGACGGGAAACGUGUGGAAGUCGUCUAUACCAGAGGCAGUGUCUCACGGAGGGGCAGAUGGUAGCUCUUUUCGCCGCGGGAGGAAGAAACGUGUUCCAUACACCAAGGUGCAGCUGAAGGAGCUUGAAAGGGAGUAUGCCGCAAACAAGUUUAUCACCAAGGACAAACGCAGGCGGAUAUCUGCUCAGACCAACCUGUCUGAACGACAGGUUACUAUCUGGUUCCAGAACCGACGGGUAAAGGAGAAAAAAGUCGUCAACAAAUUAAAAAGCAACAGUUAGCUAUGCUCUGUGUAAAUGCAAGUGAACAAUUUUAAACAGCGAUGGCCCAUACACACUCAAAGCUAUGAAAUUAUAGACGUUAUAACGAAUAUUUGUUUUCCUUGGACUACCGCUUUGAGGUGACCACUUUGGAUCGGACAGGGUUGUUGGUGACGCGGUGCGUCAUUUCUUGGCUGCAAACGGUGUGUGGCCAUAUUACCAACUCAGGACAAAGAGGGCCAAAAGAUAAGUUUGUUUGUUGAGAUUAUUUUCUGCUCACCAAAAUAUCUUGUGGAGAGAAAUACAUUGGAUAUUGAAAUUGUGAUACUGUAACUCUUUACAGUGUGGUACGACUUUUCUUUCACCACCUCCAGUGUCGAUUAUAAUUGAAAUUAUAUUUUGCUUGAAAUCUCAAGUUCAUGAAAUUUCGUCUCAUGCUGGAGAAUAUGAGGUAUGGAGCCUGUAGUUUAUUAAGGCCAUGUACAGUCUGUGGUUAUAUUUGUGCCAAAAUAAUAUACACUUCACUAUAGACUUACUGUGUGUUUGUGUGUAAAAGAGUACCGUAAAUGUGUUUUGUCGUUGUGUAGUUUUGCGCAAAUCCGUCCUAAUAAACCAUUCAUAAAAAAAAUAUGUAGCCUAUGUCGACGAAAUAAUUUACACUUUUGUAUUGCAACAUCAAACCACACGAUAAUAUUAACCAUUAAUAUGGCAAGAAUACUAAACGUGAAUUGAAUUUAACAUGUUGACUUGCUCUUUGUAAAUAGCUAGUUUGUAUAAGCAAGUAAUGAACCUGUUGGAUGGUCUCCAAAACUUUAUGGACUGUAAAAUAUGUUUU